AUGGGCGACGCCGGAGGGUCUCCUGCUACUACUACCGCUCCUCCUCUGCACCAUCAACAACGACCAGUCCGCGCCGGCCUGCCCAGCGCCAACCCGACACCCUCGUUCUGGCAGACCUCCUUUCCCAAUCCGCUUGUUCACCACCGCUCGACGCCAGACCUCCCCGCCUCUGUGGACGUGGUUGUCGUCGGGACGGGCAUCAGCGGCACCUUUGCCGUCGAUGAGUUGUUGAGUCAUGUCCAAGGAGUGGAUGUAGCAGUGACGGAUCUCAACGACGACGACGACAACAACCUCACCGUCCUGGUCCUCGAGGCCCGCACGCUCUGCUCCGCCGCCACGGGCAGGAAUGGCGGCCACUUGCAGCCGAUCGUCCACGGGGCGCCAGCACAUAUUAUUGAUUUUGAACUGCGCAAUUUUCACCAUGUCGAGGCGCUGGCAAUGGCGCUGAAUACGUCUCGGAGGGACGGAGAUGAGGGUGUUAUAAGCCAUGAGGAUGAUCCAAAAAAAGGUCACGGUGGGUUUCACCACGAGACUGAAAAGUCACAGCCAACGAUGACGACGUCUUCUUCUAAUUGGUGUGACUUUCGCCGACUCGAGGGGUGUCUUGGGUUUUGGAAUGAAGAGUUUUUUAGGGACGCGAAGAGGGAUUUUGCUCUUACUGCGUCUACUUCUACCUCUGCUGAUAACAUGCGAAGCGGUAUGGGAAUCGGUACUUCCAAGACCACGAAUACCCAUCCUACCAACGAGGACUGCAAGCCCACAAAAUUAGCCAGGGUGGUAGAAGACCCCGCGGAGCUGGAAGCCCUGGGAUUAAAGGUCGACAGCGGUGCGGUGGGCGCCAUCGUCCAGAGCGUCGCGGCGAGUCUGAGUCCCUAUAAGCUAUGUGUGGGACUGUGGAGCGGGUUGCUUGAGCGGUUCGAGCAGGGCCGGGGUCAGGGUCAGAAUGCGAAACCAGAGGUAGGGCGAGAUGGACGAGGAAAAGGCGGUCGAGUCACAGAGGCACGCGUGUCGAAACGUACCCUGAAUUUACAGACGGAUACACCUGUCACGGCGCUGGAGAGGGUCCAUGGUGACGACAACGACAACGACAAUGGUACACACGGAUGGAUCCUCCACACCCCUCGCGGCAACGUGCACGCCCGCACCGUCAUCCUGGCCACGAACGCAUACACGUCCCAUCUCUUGCCAGAUUUCGCGCCGUUGAUCCGUCCCGUGCAAGCGCAGAUGUCUGCUCUUGUCCCUCCUCCGCCGCCUCCGCCGUCACUGUCUCUCGCCCGAGGCGAGUAUCAUAACAUUAGCGGGGAUGGGACUGCGAAUGGGCAUCCAAACGCAAACGACGAGGCAGAAACCUGUGACAAGAACUCCGACACCCCAAGGCCCUUGAUCCCAAUGAGCUACGGCUUCGUGGGCGUCGGCGACAUGGACCGCGUCAUGAGCGAUUACCUCGUUCAGAAUCCAUAUGAUCAUCAUCAUCAUCAUCAUCAUCAUCACAGCGACGGGCAUGGGGAUGGUGAUAGUGGUAGGGAUAGGCAAGGCGGACACCUCAUGUUCGGCGGCGGACGACACCUGGCCCUCCACCACGGCGAGGGCGUCUGGGACGACGACUUUGUCGACAAGCGCGUCGAGCGCUAUCUGCGCGGCUUGUCGGAGAGGUUGCAUCUCAAUCCCAGUCUCAAUUCCAAGGUCAAGUCCAAUCACAGUACCCAUCAAGACCGAACCAGAGUUGCGACGGAUGACGAGACCGGGACCGAAUCCUCGUUGUCGCCUUCGCCUUCGCACACGCACACGCACUCCCACGGUGAUGACCUCCUCCCCCUCGCGGCCUCCUGGACCGGCAUCAUCGGCCACUCCUCCGACGGCCACCCCUGGAUCGGCCCCGUGCCAGACCACCCCGGCGUGUUCGUCUGCGCGGGAUACACGGGCCACGGGAUGACCAAUGCGCCGUUGUGCGGGCGGGACGUGGCGCGGAGGGCGGUGCGGGUUUUGGGGAGCUCCCGGGCCAGGGAUAGAGGUAGAGGUAGAGAUGGAGAUAGACACAAGGACAGUGACGUGGACAGUGGCAGAGAUAGAGACGUCAACGAGAACAAAGACGUGGUCGAAGAUGGGGACGAAGAUGGGAAUGCCGACUGGAAUGUCCCCCCAGAAUACCUGAUCACUCGAGACCGGAUCGAGCGGGUCAAGCACGGGUCGGAGGGGAUAUAUCAUUUGUCAAGAUAG